AAAUAGCUAGUAGAAUUUAUGAAUGUUUUCCGUAAUAAAUAUUAUUUACUGAAUACUGAAUAUUCAUGAGUAAUGAAUGUUAUUCAUUAAAGAUACAUCUUUCAUAAUGGCUUCAUCCAUCAUCGUUAAGUUUUAAAGAAUAGAAUCAGUUGUUAUAACUACUUAUACAAUUUAAUCUACAAUCAUGAAAACAUCACGAUUAAAUGUACAAAUUCGUACAAUUUACACUAACAUUCGUUUGCUAACAAAACCAUCCGAACUCUAUGAUCAACGGGUGAGUGAUGGUCAAUUAAUCAAUGAUGAUCAUCAACGUAAAAUCGUUAAACAGCUAGAUGAAGUGUAUACAUCAUUGAAAGAUUAUUCGCCACCAUCACAAAAUGUAAUUUCAAAAUUGUUUAGUGGACUGAAAGAACCUUUAAAUGGUGUUUACAUGCAUGGAUCAGUUGGAUGUGGUAAAACCAUGUUAAUGGAUUUAUUUUUUUCCUGUUGCGAAGUUGAAAAAAAACGAAGAGUUCAUUUUGAUGAGUUUAUGUUGGACAUUCAUAAUAGAGUUCAUAAUUUAAGAUUGAGCACUAAAAACAAUUUUGAUGCAAUUCCAAUGGUUGCUGAUACAAUAUUAGAACAAUCAUGGUUACUUUGUUUUGAUGAAUUUCAGGUGACUGACAUAGCAAAUGCAAUGAUAUUAAAACGACUUUUUACUGAGCUUUUUGAUAAAGGUAUGGUUAUGGUAGCAACCAGCAAUCGUAAACCAGAUGAUCUAUAUAAGAAUGGACUACAAAGGUUUUUAUUUUUACCAUUCAUACCAGUAUUGAAGCAACAUUCUAUAGUAGUAAAUUUGGAUUCUGGUAUUGAUUAUAGAGUUAUAAGAGCAAAAAGUGGAUACAAAUCAUAUUUUGUGCGAAAUGUUGAUACCAUAAAAGAUUUUGAAAACUCCAUUAAAAGAUUUACAAACAGUGAAAAUGAUACUGUUAGACCAAGAACAUUAAUUAUAAUGCAAAGGAAUCUUGUAUUCCAAAGAGUAUGUGGACAAAUCUUGGAUGCUUCUUUUGAAGAACUAUGUGAUAGACCUUUAGGUGCUGUGGAUUACCUAUAUUUAGCUCAAAUGUUUCAUACAAUAGCUAUUAGAGAUGUUCCUCAAUUGGAUUUAGAUUCAUUAUCACCAUUAAGACGUUUUAUUACUCUGAUUGAUACACUUUAUGACAAUAAGAUAUUUGUUCUAAUAUAUGCAGAUAAACCAGUAAAAGAAUUAUUUGUAGCUAAAAAAACAGGUGGAUUAGAUGAUGACCAAAAAGUCCUUAUGGACGAUUUAAAUUUACAACCCGAAUCGACCAAUGCUAAAGCCAAUGUAUUUACUGGUGAUGAAGAAAUAUUUGCAUUUGAUCGAACAGUAUCGAGGCUCAUAGAAAUGCAAUCAAUUGACUAUUGGAAAAAUAACCGUUCAAAAGUAUAAUCCUAAUAAAGUCGGUAUAAUAUUAUUAAUUGGUUACCAUUUUUAUAAUUCUGUUAAAAAAAUGUUGUUAUUUAUUUACUUGUUUAGUUAGAAUUAUUUUUCUAAUAAAUAUUAUUAUACAUAAUAUGAUUAAUAAUUAAGAACAAACUCAACUAUUUAGUUAUAGGUGUUUUAGUAUUUUGAAUAGCAUAUAAUUAUUAUAAUUAAGUGUUUAUUAGAUAAAAUGUAUUUAAUUUCUACUAUGAAAUCAUAUCAUAUCUUAAUGCAAUACAACCAGGCAUGUAUACAGGGCCGGUCAAACCCUUCCCCUCCCUAAAUAAUUUCGAAUAACGAGGAAAAAAUUACAGCACAAUUUUUAUUGCCAAAUUUUUUAAACCUCCCUGAAAUUAUUUUUUGUAUACGUGCCUGAAUGCAACUAUAAGUAUUAACUACAUAUGAAAAAAUAUUAAAAAUAUUAAAUGUACAAUUGUAUACUUUAAAAAUAUUCAAAUUGUACAUUAAAAAUAUUUUAAGGAAAAACAUUUAUGCUUUCUAUUUUAAAAAAAAAAAAGAGCACCGAAUAACUUAAAUUAAUAAUUAUUACUGUCAUAUUUAGUUAGGUGUAUUAUUAUUUUAGCUUUCUUUCCCACUUUUAAACAUAAGUAAUUUUCAAAUCCUCCAGAUAGGUUUAAUGUAUGCAGCAUAAUAUAUUAUGUAAAAUACCAUUUAUUAAAAAUAUUUUCUUUAUUUUAUAAAGAAACCUAUAAAAUAUCAUCAGAAUACUUAAUUAACAAAAAAUUAAUUAACCAGUAGACCUAUUAUUUUUGUAAACUACAUAAUAUAGCAUGUCAUCACUAGUAAUGAAGUCUGGUAGUGAGUAUGAUUGUAGCAUUUUUCAUUACAACUGCAUUUGAUUAAACCUAGUUACAAUCGAUAAUAAACUUCUAUAGUCAUAAUAUCUUUAUAAAUGUUCAUAUAUUAAAUCUUACAUUUAAUAAGUUAUUAAAUAAAAUACAAUUUAAAACAAAAAAUUGUUGUUUUUUUUUUUU